GCCGGGACGUUAGCGCCGCUUUAGCACACGUAUAGUAUUAGUGCAGUGGUAGAUUUUGUGGACGAGGGUUCGAGACAAGACUCCCCUAACUGUGUCAGCCUCCUGUCAGAGUAUCCUCUCUAAUUUACAGUUCAUCUGCAAUUGUGUGCCAGGAUUUCGGAUCCUAGAUAGCCAGCAAUGACGUAGUGUUUGUGUAUUGCGGACCCUGAAGGACCGAAGGGCGCAACCUUCAUUUCUGGAUUCUUUUGAUGUUCGUCUGUUCCUGAUGUCUUGAGGCAGCUUGUCCGUAGUUUGAAAACCACUGAGAAAUUCGAUAGAAUGGACAUUUGAAGGGAACUUCCUCCGCAUAGUUCCUAUGGAUAUGUCUCCAAAACUUGACCAAUUCAAAAGAUCUCAGAUAGAACGAUGACGACGCAGUGGGUCGCCUGCUUCUUGGUAAUCUUCGCACUUCCACCGUGCUUCGCGCAGCCGCACAGAAACCGGCACCACCUUCCAGAGCCCCAUGCCGAAGCUUAUCACAUGGCACGUGACCCCUUCGACCCCCACAGAGACUCCGAGGAGUUCCGGAGGGACGCCCCCGACGACAAGAGGGACUUCUCCCACAAGGACAGCAAGGGCGAGGAGUCCCUCGUGAUCCAGACGAAGAAGGGCAAAGUGCGAGGCAUCACCAUAAGCGCGGCUACCGGCAAGAAGGUGGACGCCUGGAUGGGCAUACCCUACGCGCAGAAGCCCAUCGGUAACCUCAGGUUCAGGCACCCGAGACCGGUGGAAGCGUGGGAGGGCGUCAUGAACACGACCACGCAGCCCAAUUCCUGCGUGCAAAUCAUCGACACCGUGUUCGGGGAUUUCCCCGGGGCGACCAUGUGGAACCCGAACACGCCGCUCAGCGAGGAUUGUCUUUAUAUCAACGUGGUAGUGCCUAAGCCACGUCCAACCAAGGCCGCCGUCUUGGUUUGGAUUUUCGGUGGUGGAUUCUAUUCGGGAACAAACACCUUGGACGUGUACGAUCACAAUAUCUUAGUGUCCGAAGAGAACAUUAUACUAGUGUCGAUGCAGUAUCGGGUGGCUUCGUUGGGUUUUUUGUAUUUCGGCACUCCGGAAGUACCGGGAAACGCCGGGAUGUUCGACCAGAUGAUGGCGUUGCAGUGGAUCCGAGACAACAUAGCCGCCUUCGGGGGCAAUCCAAACAAUAUAACCCUGUUCGGGGAAUCGGCGGGCGCUGUGUCCGUCUCUUUACAUCUCCUAUCGCCCUUGUCCAGGAAUUUAUUCUCCCAGGCCAUAAUGGAAUCGGGCAGCGCGACUGCACCCUGGGCUAUAAUAUCGCGAGAGGAGAGCAUCCUGAGAGGUCUCCGACUGGCGGAAGCCGUUCAAUGUCCCCAUGAUAGGAGUCAGCUCAGCGCCGUCGUUGAAUGCCUGAAAAAGAAGGACCCGACGGAUCUCGUGAAUAACGAAUGGGGCACGUUGGGCAUCUGCGAAUUCCCCUUUGUGCCGGUGAUAGAUGGCGCUUUCCUCGACGAGCACCCGGUCAGGGCCAUGAGCAACAAGAAUUUCAAAAAGACCAAUAUCCUCAUGGGCUCGAACACCGAGGAGGGUUAUUACUUCAUCAUCUACUAUCUGACCGAAUUAUUCAGGAAAGAGGAGAACGUCUACGUGAACCGGCAGGAAUUUCUGCGUGCCGUGACCGAGCUGAACCCUUACGUAAACGCGGUCGCGCGACAAGCUAUAGUUUUCGAAUAUACGGAUUGGUUGAAUCCGGACGAUCCGGUCAGUAACAGAGACGCCCUGGAUAAGAUGGUGGGCGAUUUUCAUUUUACAUGUAACGUGAACGAGUUCGCACACCGUUACGCGGAAACCGGUAACAACGUGUACAUGUACUACUACAAGCACAGGACUGUGGCGAACCCUUGGCCCUCAUGGACGGGCGUGAUGCACGCCGAUGAAAUCAAUUACGUCUUCGGAGAACCGCUGAACCCUACUAAGAGCUACACUAACCAAGAGGUUGAUCUCAGUCGCCGAAUAAUGAGAUACUGGGCCAACUUUGCCAAAACAGGCAACCCUAGCCUAUCACCAAAUGGAGUUUGGACGCCAACAUUUUGGCCAUUGCACACUGCUUACGGUAGGGAAUAUCUCACCCUAGACAUCAACUCGACAGCAACAGGAAGAGGUCCCAGAUUGAAACAGUGCGCUUUCUGGAAGAAAUAUCUACCUCAGCUCCAGCAACUCACAGAUGAACUACAAAACGCACCAUCGAAGAAGAACUGCACAGAGACAAGCGAGGCUGUGUCCAGAAGGGCACACUUUGGCACGAUCGUGUUCAUUUUACUGUUCAGUGGAAUCAUCUGAUGAAUGAAUACAAACUGAUGUAGUGAAACCUUUUCAAGUACCAAGAUUAUUUAGUCCGUGGAGUUAUGGUUCUUAGACAGGAAACCGCCUUCAAGAAUUCACUGGAAGAUGCGAUCUUGCGCUUUUUAAUCACGUAGGGACAAAAGAGUCGCUGAAAGUAUAAGCUUAUGACAAUUUUCAAAAACAGUUACAUUGAACUGAACUCUAGAUAUAUAUCAUUGAAGAACCACAUUAGCGGUUUGACCUAAGUAUGUAGCAAUUAUUGCUGUAACUCUUUACUUUUAUAUUUUCUACUAACUACAAACACUAACUAAUCUAUACUGUGAUCUGAUUAUGAAGAAAUGCAUAUCAUUAUGUGGCCCUAUGGCUACGUAUUAGUUAACGAAAUCUAUAUAAAUAUCAGCAGGCUUUAUCUCUUCCCAGAAGAGUGAGAUGAAAAUUUGACUGCAAACCUCCAUAGAGGUCACCAUGUCGGAUUAUUUUCACCUUAUUUCAUUCCUAUCAGUUCGUGAAAAUUAUGACUUUAUGAUACUAAAGUAUAUCGAGAAAUUUUUCAGAGAUUUCGUAUCUGAUUCAAUGCUUUCUACAAAAUAUGGAGGAUAAGUUUCUACACCUUUGUACCAACUGUAUUCGAUAUUUUUUCCUGAAUUUUUAUUUCUUAGCAAUAAUCAAUUAUGAAAUAAACACUCUGUUUUUCUGAAAACUGAUGAAUUUCUUGAUAUAUCAAGGCUGGUUGUUCAAACUAUCUGCACACAAUUUCAGUACGCUGAAACUUUCGCCAUGUGUAUCUCAUAUAUACAGGAAAGUAUUAUUCUCAUCUGACUCAACAGACAUUUAUUUUUCCGUACUGCUCAGAGUGACUUUUCGAUCUUGUAUCGAAAAAAAGGCCUAGUUUUGCGUAUCGAUUGAAAACGAUUUGGUUCGAAUUUUUCUUCCUGAAAACUUUAUCGAAUGCGGGCAGUUUUCAUAAUAACUGCUUCCAAAAUGAACUUGUAAAUGUCGACCAAAUCUUCAAGAAAAAGUGUAUACCUAGUAUUAAAAAAAUUUGUUCAAUUUGAAGCUGUAAUUCGAUGACAAUAGUUCACAAUAGAUUGAAUUGAACUAAGUCUAUCCCCAGAAAAAGUGAAGAAUUUGUAAGGAAACAAGUAUUGGAUUUUCUACUCGAAAUGAACAGAUAAUUUUGAAUUUUCCUUAUUUUCUGAAAGAUACGAUAAUUUCUUAACCAAUUCCUAAAUUGUUCCUCCCUUGAGAUCACUUUUGUAGUUUUUUUCCUAUCAAUUUUGGGAUUAUUGUUCUCAUCUUGAAAAACUAACUGGGGAUUGGCAAUUUCCACAGAAUAGCCUAGUCAAAAAUCGUGUCAUUUCAAUGUAUUCUGCUUUAUAAUUAGGGCUCCUUAUCAUACCAACCAUAGUUCUUUACGAUGGCUUCUGACGAUGAAAAACUUGUAUAAUUUUCAACGCACGAAUCACAUGGCACUAAAAAUUAAAUAUUUAUGUGAAGGAUUUCUUGAGAAUCGAAUACGUUUUACAUUCGAUUUGUUAGGUACCUGUACUUGUUAGUUUCCUGUAGUUGUUUAAGUGUUAGUUCAUUUAAUGAAGAAGUUGAUAAACUUAUUUAUAUGUAUAGUUGAAAUGUUAAAUAAGGAUGCUCAACUGGUCAAUGCGAUAGGAAAAUUGUCAACAGAAGAGGCAGUUCAACAGAAAACCGUCAAAUAUGUGGACCACCGAGAUUUCACCAAUUAUAGGUCACAGAAACUUGGUGAAAGUUGAUAUAUUGGCUUAUUGGCAUUCUGGUUUCAUACCUAAGAUUUCUUUCUCGAAAUAUUUCGAAACUCGUUCAAUUUUUCACAUAGCAUUCCGUAAAUAAACUGGAAAUAGAAUUUUCUUAUUUGCCUA